AUGCUCGAUCGUGGCGGGAGCAUAGCUAUUGGAGACAAUCUUUGGAAGUUCUUGUGUCUCCAGGCCGCAAUCUUGACGGAGCCGAUUUAUUUCUGGAUCGACGCAAUUUGUAUCAACCAGGAAGAUGUCCGAGAACGGAACCAUCAAGUGGGCAUGAUGAAGGCGAUUUAUGCGCAGGCAACUGAAGUAUACGCUUGGUUGGGGCCCGAAGCCGAUGACAGCGACUGCAGUAUGAAGUUCUUGAUACAGCAGUCCAAAAGCCCUCUGCGGAUGAAAGGAUGCGGAUAUCUCCCAAUAUGGGAUAGUAGGACCGCGAAAGCCCUGAGUGCGCUAUGCGAGCGCCCAUAUUGGCGCCGAAUGUGGAUUAUUCAAGAAUUGCUGCAUGCGAGAAAGAUCACCCUGUGGUGUGGCACACAGAAAUCCGACUGGUCCGAUAUCGAGGCAUUGUAUCUGAAGCUUGAGACUAUAGAAAACGCUCACUGGUUUGCGCAUCACGAGUUUCUGAUACCCAUCAAGCAGAGUGCUGCUGCCACCAUGGUUUGGCAGCGAGCACAUUGGAGACAUCCUGAUACUCCAGUUCCACGACUCAGUCGAUUGAUUGAGAUCUUCCGCGACUGGCACUGCACCGACAUUCGCGACAAGGUGUUUGCGCUUGUUGGCAUGGCGACCCCAGAGUCGGCCGUUGUCCCAGACUACGCCUUGACGACCUUGGAGAUAUACUCUGCUGUUAUGCGUAAAGUAGAGAGAGACAAAGAUGGCUUUGCCAACUUGUUGUCUCAGCUUCUCGGAGUGGCGUGGAAUGAUGUAGAUCUAUGGCAGCAAACACUGGUUGAGUACAAAGAUCACCCCACGGAGAGGUUGGUUCUCCGAUCCAGAUGCUGGAACAACUGGGAUUAA